CUAGCAAACGUUGCUAGUUAUCUCCGAUUUGUAGGAGAUUUCUAGUGGAUAAGCAGUUUUAGCGCAUCUUCAUACUGUACUACUGUGUUUGCCAUAUUUUCAGGUCAUUAGUUCAGGACACCCAAAGACGGAAACAUUGGGAGAGACAACAAACACAUGGGUAGUUGACAGACCAACGUUGACAUGAAGGGUUUUAUCCUCAUGUUCCUGGGAAUAGUGCACCUUCAUGAAGCAUUUGGUGUGACUUACUCCCUGAAGCAUUUCUACACCGCAUCUUCGGACAUUCCCAACUUCCCAGAGUUUGUGGUUGUGGGGAUGGUGGAUGGUGUUCAGAUGGUUCACUAUGACAGCAACAGUCAGAGAGCGGUGCCCAAACAGGACUGGAUGAAGCAGACAGACGCAGAGUUCUGGGAGAGUGAGAGAGAGAAUUUCUUUGAUUCCCAGCAGUCAUUCAAAGUUGAAGUUCAUAUUCUAAAGCAGCGUUUUAACCAAAUUGGAGGAGUCCACAUUCUCCAGUACAUAUAUGGCUGCUCAUUGGAUAAUGAGUCUGAACAGAAAGAGGGUUUUGGACAGCUCCGUUAUAAUGGGGAGAACUUCCUUGUGUACGACAUGAAGACAUUAGCUUGGAAAUCUCUUAAACAACAAGCUGAUUUCAUGCAGGAUAAGUGGAACCAUGACCACAGUAGACUGGUAUUCUGGAGGAUCUACUUCACCCAGACCUGCAUUGAGUGUCUGAAGAAGCAGGUGGUCAAUGGGAAGAGCAUUCUGAGGAGGACAGCCUCUCCCUCAGUGUCUCUGCUCCAGAAGACCCCCUCCUCUCCAGUGACCUGCCACGCUACAGGUUUCUACCCCAGUGGAGUCAUGGUGUUCUGGCAGAAAGACGGACAAGAACAACAUGAAGAUGUGGAGAAUGGAGAGACUCUCCCCAACGAUGAUGGAACCUUCCAGAAAAGUGCUCACCUCACAGUGACGCCUGAGGAGUGGAAGAACAACACGUAUCAGUGUGUUGUUCAGGUCACUGGUAUCAAGGAGGACUUCAUCAAGGUUCUGACUGAGUCUGAGAUCCAGACCAACUGGGGAAAGACCAACAGGGAUGACCCAGCCCCCAACAUUGUCCCCAUCAUUGGAGUGGCUGUAGCUCUCCUCCUGGUCGUCGUUGUUGCUGUUGUUGUUGGGGUCUUCAUUUGGAAGAAGAAGAGUAAGAAAGGUUUUGUUCCAGCCAGCACUAACGACACUGACUCUGCGUACUCUGGGAAAGGUCUCCUGAAGACUUGAGUCCUCUCUGCACUUCUGAAGCCGCUGACGAGGACAGCAACGAAA